AUGGGCUGGUUUAGCAACCGCAAAAGCAGUUCCAAAGGACUGUCAGUUCCACCAACCGACGCACCAGACUCCACACCGGAAGUGUUCAGUACAACAGUCUCUGGCGUGAAUCCUCCUCGUAUAUCUCAAUACGGAUUUUCACUAAGCCCUAAUAACGGGCAUCGCUCAAUUUGGCAGCCUGAUUUCAUAGUCAGUGAGACGAUACCUUCAGCAGCGUCGGUAGAGGUCGGAUCCAACGAAGUUCACGAAAACUCGUCAACAUCACACCGCUCAUCAGAGAAAACAGCAUCUAUUGAAAAAUCACGAAACAAUACUCCAAAUCAUACACGCAGUGCUUCAGUCCAGCUCCAGCCGACGUCACUCGUCAAUUCGGUAAUAUCAGCGGAUUUCAAUCAGCAUGCCCAUCCUCGGCAAUCCACAACUCCUACAGCGGACCAGUUUUCUGUCCUACCUCCGACCCAAACAGUUAGUUCGCCGACUAUCGGUAGUCUGACCAAGCCAACAUGCUCUUUAAACCUCAUGUGCUACAGAUCUGGCAGCCAGGGCUGCGUAAGACGCCAAAUCCAUGUACUCAGUCAAGCCCGGUUGGGCAUAUCUCGAGAUAAUUACACCAAAAUAGUUUCCAUAAAGAAUUCAGGUGGUUUGAUUCGAAGCGAUGAAGAGUUCUUCGCUGCCCUCCAUCGCGAAUACGAACACCAUAUUUGUGGCUUCUGGCGACGAUACCUAUCCCUCAAGACGCUAAGACGGAUUCGACUCUUAUCGUAUACGCCUUCGACCCGCCCGGAAGUUGUGCCGAUGGAUGACUUCACCCUGCAAGAAAUGUUCUAUGCGUACCAACACUCCAAAAGCAUAAAGACGGAAUCAGAGUGGAUUGACUGGGUGUUCCGGCUUCGCCAGGAGGACCGCCGUCAUGCUCUAGAAUUUGUGGAGGGCUGGAGCGGCUUCCGCAUUGGCCUUGUUGGGUCAGUGCCGUGGAUCGCGGCGACUGUAGUAGGUGUUGCGUGGACCGCAAGAGGUGGUGAUGCACAGACGGCUUUUACGGUUGCUGCUUUCAUUCUGACGGUUGGGACUUCUUUGCUUGCGCUCCUUGCUAUCGUUAGCAAGAUUGAAUCUUGAAUUGCACUGCUGAAGUCUAUUUCUUCUGACUUGAACUUUUCCAGAUUUGGCAUCAUACCCAUAAACGUAAUUUGCUUCUUCUCCGCAAUGUCCAAGAGAAACUUUGUUCGGCAGCCUGGGGUAUCUUAUUCGCUAAUUACAUAUUGCGCGAUCGCAUCCGUUUUGCAUGGGAAGCAGAUGAAGCAGGCCAAGCAUAGAG